AUGGAGGACCCCAAAGAGCGGAGAAAAAUGCAGAACCGCCUCAAUCAGCGUGCCAGCCGAAGAAGGAAAGCUUUAUUAUCAUCAAACGGACCUGGGUCGUCGACUCGAAAGUGGACGGUUUACGUCGCGCCGUCGCAGGAAACAGCGACGUCCCUAAGACCAAACCAAAAUCCCACCCAGAGAGAAAACGACGCAGCUACAGUUCAUUUCUGCUACCUUAGCUUAGAAACUCGCCGGAUCAUUUUGAAUCUAUUACACGACCGCGUCAACAGAGGCAUCAUCACCCACGCACUCUCCUCCGAAUUACUCCUCCCUGUCACGCAGUGGAACAUCAUCUGCGCUAUGUACACCAACGCCACUACGAUAGGCCUGACUAUAGCACUCCUAGGGGAAGAUAUCAUCUCACCAUUUAAUACCUGUGGACCGGUAACAGCAAACCUACCGCCCAGUUUACAGCCCACGUGCCUGCAGAGAUCCAUCGCCCAUCACCCCUGGAUGGACCUAUGUGCCGUUUCCUCAGUCCGGGAUGCUCUUGUGCGCAAUCUGCCUCUCUACUCGGAGGAUGAACUUUGCGAUGAUCUCUUCGGCGGGUGCAGUGACAGUACUCAGCCAACCGGGCUUUUGAUCUGGGGUGAAGCGUGGGAUCCAUCUGGGUAUGAGAUAUCUGAGAAGAUAUUUUGGAAAUGGGAGUGGCUAUGGAGGGAAUGUCCCGAGGUGAUUCGGUCUACAAAUUACUGGAGGUUGCAGCGGGGAGAGGAGACGCUUGUAAUGUCUGAUUGA